CAGCUUUAAAGCCCCGCGACGUACGCUAAAGCCCCAAAUCCUCCUCCUCCUCCUCCUCCUCCACCGCCGGCGGCUGCUCACAUGGGGAAGAAGAAAACGACGACGGAAGAGGGUGGCAAAAGCGAUCACUGUCCUUCCACUGUCUUCGUCGCCAACUUGCCCUACUCUUUCACUAACUCUCAGCUCGAAGAAACAUUCAGUGAUGUAGGCCCGAUUAGGCGAUGCUUUAUGGUUACUCAGAAAGGGUCAACUGAACACCGUGGCUUUGGUUUUGUUCAUUUUGCUGUUAGUGAAGAUGCAAACCGUGCUAUUGAGCUGAAAAAUGGUUCACCUGUUGGUGGUCGGAAAAUUGGAGUUAAACAUGCCAUGCAUCGUGCUUCUCUCGAGCAGCGUCGAUCAAAAGGAACUCAAGUGGUUCGCUCAGAUUCUAAUACUACUACAAAGAAUGACAAGGGUGGCUUUUCCAUCGAAGCAAUCAAGCAUGAACAGGCUUCAAACCAUCAAGAAAUAGAUAAAUAUUUGGAACCCAGGAAAGAAACAAAGCUUUGCAAGGAUGUAGCUGAUGAAAAAAAUUGUUCAGAAAAGCAGAGGGUUGCUAGGACAGUCAUAUUUGGUGGGCUUCUUAAUGCUGAUAUGGCGGAGAAUGUUCAUCGUCAUGCUAGAGAAUGUGGGACUGUCAUUUCUGUAACUUACCCUCUUCCAAAAGAAGAUUUUGAACACCAUGGGCUUGCUCAAGACGGUUGCAAAAUGAAUGUUUCAUCUCUACUUUAUACGAGUGUCAAAUCAGCUCGUGCUUGUGUUGGGAUGUUACACCAAAAAGAGAUUAGUGGGGGACUUGUUUGGGCGCGCCAGCUUGGUGGAGAGGGAUCGAAGACUCGGAAAUGGAAAAUCAUAGUUAGAAAUCUUCCUUUCAAGGCUAAAGUUAAUGAGAUAAAAGAUAUGUUCUCAUCAGCAGGCUUUGUAUGGGAUGUAUUUAUUCCACAAAAUACUGAGACAGGGUUAUCCAAAGGAUUUGCAUUUGUUAAAUUCACUUGCAAGCAAGAUGCUGAAAAUGCCAUCCAGAAGUUCAAUGGGAAGAUUUUUGGUAAAAGACCAAUUGCAGUUGAUUGGGCUGUUCCGAAGAAAAUUUUUGCGACUGGUGCUCAUACUGUUGUUCCUUUGAAAGAUGGACAACAGAGUGGACGUGACAGAGAAGGUGAUAGUAGUAGUGAUGAUAGUGAUGAUUUGGAGGAUCAUGAUGCUGACAUUGAUGGAAAGCCUCAACAAUUUCAUGGGGAUGUGGUUCCUCCAGAAGAGACUGAUACAAUUAAGAAAGAAGUCAUCUCAACUGAAAUAGAUUUUGACGAGGAAGCGGAUGUCACAAGAAAAGUUCUUAAGAACUUGAUCUCCUCUUCGGCUAAAGGAAAACCUACUCUCAGUGAUAAUUCUCCCCUACCCAUGAGAAACAAGGAUGGCAAAGCCAUUGAUCUACAUAACAAGACAUCUGAUGAGUCUGCUAGUGUAUUAGGUAUAGCAAAGCGUGGAAGCUCUGGCACAAGUGAACCAACGGAUCUAAAACCGGAAGAAGGAGAAGAUGACUUGCGGAGAACAAUUUUUAUAAGAAACCUUCCUUUUGAUAUUGAUAAUGAAGAAGUGAAACAACGUUUUUCUGGUUUUGGAGAAGUGCAAUCCUUCGUCCCAGUUCUUCAUCAAGUCACCAAGCGGCCAAGAGGAACUGGUUUUCUCAAAUUUAAAACAGUGGAUGCUAUUGAUGCUGCAUUUUCAGCAGCCAAUGAUGCAGCUGGAUUGGGAAUCUUCCUAAGAGGUAGGCAAUUGAAAGUCUUGAAGGCUUUGGACAAGAAAUCUGCUCAUGAUAAGGAAGUGGAGAAGACCAAAAAGGAGGAUCAUGAUCACAGGAACCUUUACCUCGCAAAGGAAGGUCUUAUUGUUGAGGGGACUCCGGCUGCUGAAGGUGUUUCCACUAGUGAUAUGUUGAAGCGCCAAAUGCUGGAAAAGAAAAAGACGACUAAGUUUCAAUCUCCAAAUUUCCACAUUUCAAGGAUUAGACUCAUUAUAUACAAUAUACCGAAGUCAAUGACUGAAAAACAACUUAAAAAGCUUUUAAUAGAUGCCGUUACCUCUCGAGCUACCAAGCAAAAACCUGUAAUUCGGCAGAUAAAGUUUUUGAAGGAUUCAAAGAAAGGAAAGAUCGUCACAAAUAACUAUUCACGCGGAGUUGCUUUUGUUGAGUUUACAGAGCAUCAACAUGCACUUGUAGCUCUGAGAGUUCUCAACAAUAACCCUGAAACUUUUGGUCCUGAGCAUCGCCCCAUUGUCGAGUUUGCUGUUGAUAAUGUCCAAAGGUUGAAGCUCCGUAAAGAUAAGCUCCAAAAUCAGCAACAAGGUUCUGGCAAAGGUGCAGAAAAUGAGCAGCAGAAUAAUGACUCGCAUAUCCCUGAAGAGCACCCAAUCAAGAAUUCAAGAAAGCGUCAAUCAAACGGUGACAUUGUAUCACCGAGAACUUCAGAAACUAAAAGGGAAGAUGAAUCAGGAAGUAGGGUAUUUGAAGGAGCUGCUACUGGAGAAGGCAGGGCUACCAAGAAGCAGAGGAGUAACUCAACUGGCGGAAGCGAGAAAUUGUCUCCACUAAAGGAGAAGUUCGAAGGCUCAAAACAGAAGCUAAAAAAUCGUCAAGAAGGAAGAAAACCUGAUGGUAGAAAAUCACUGAAAGGUGAAAGCACCCCAAUUAAUGUCCAAUCCAAAUAUAUGGAGCAAGAAGACGUGCGAUUGAGAAAGAGGAAGAUGGAAAAUCGAACAGGAGGACAGAAAGAAGAUACAAGCUCAAAGAAAAGAAAUAAGACUAAAAAGAAUAAAGACCCUUUGGGGCGAGAUGAUGCGGAUAAACUUGAUGUGCUGAUCGAACAAUAUAGAUCGAAGUUUUCACAGCGAAGUUCUGAUAAAACUAAUGACGAGAAGCAAGGUACUAAACAGAUUAGGAGAUGGUUCCAAUCAUAACAUGGUUACAGUUUUGUAGCUUGAUAAUCGCGGUCUUUUAUUCUAUAAGAGGAUCUGCUGAUGCGUGUACUUUUCACUUGGUGCAUUUCAAAAUUUUGAGUAGUUUUGGAACUUUGCAAAGACACAAUAUAUUGUGAAAGUUGGGAAUCCAAGCCCUCCUACAACAUUUGUUAGAGAAAGAUGUCGAAAAGAGAGUGAAUAGUUGGGACCACUGUAGCUAAUUGUCUUUUGACAUUAUUGUAGCCAUUGGAUCAUUACCAAUUUGAGAAGAGUUAGGGUCUUAUCAUAGACUUUGUCGGAGAGAGAGGAUCACACAUUUGAUAAGUGCUCUUUUGUUUUAUAUUAUAAAUAUGUCAUUCAAAUUGCUGUGGA